AUGAUCAUCCGCAGUGCCACAGUCGUGCGCUACGGGACGGCCAGCGGCCCGCAGCUGCAGGCAAGCCCCGUCACCCUCCCCGCUCCCUCCCACUCCGCCGCGUGCGCUGCCUACCUGGGCAUUCCCUCCCUGGACUCCCUCCCCCGCGGCGUCAGCCUGAUCCUCACCGCUGACCCGGGGGACUUCUCGGGCACUCCGGAGGCCCACCACAUCCUGGCCAACCUACGGCACCAGUUGACAAAACCCCGCUCCGAAACCGUGUGUGGUGGUGUCGUACUGGGGUCCCUCAUGGGUCAGGAUGUACUGGUGGUGACCACGGGCAUCGGGCCCACCGCCGCCGGUCUGUGUGUUCAAGAGCUGCUGACCCCCUGUGGGCCGUACAUCAGCGAAAUGAUUUACUUCGGCACCUCGGGCUGGUCGCCCCAACUGGGGGGGGUGCUCAGCCCACCGGAUUGCGAUCAGGCCAAUGACAACGGGAGGAUUACCCGGGUUGGCGACGUGUGUAUCAGCCCGGUGUCGGUGAACUGGGUGUGCAAGAAGAGCACCUGGGUGAUGCAGUCGGAGGGCUUCCCCAACCAGUGCUUCCGGCCAGAGGAAACGGAGGGACCCAAUGCCACGGCGCUGUACGGAGAGUGCCUCUUCGCAACCGACAACCUUGACGGCAACCUAGCCCUGAGCGACGCCCUCAUUGGUGCCGUCCGCACCCCCCGGGGGAGCUCCUCCCUGCCGUACCGCAACGAGCUGGUUGCUGAGCUGGAGGCUAGAUACUGGGGCCUUAUGUCCCAGGGCACGGGGCUGCAGUACCCGCAGGUGUCACAGUCAGACAGGCCGGGGCUGUGGAACUAUACACAGUGCGCCGAGGUUGACGGGCAGUUUUUCUUCACGGGCGCCCCCUGGGAGAUCAAGGCUCGCGACUACGCCGCUCAGGCCAUUGCCACCGCCCUAGUGUACGGCAAGCGGGGAAGUGGAUCCCGGGACAGCUUGAGUGCCCGGGAGGUGAUUGCCGUAUCCGCAAUGGAGGGUGUGGGUGUGGCGGAGGCGCUGGAGAAGUACCACCGGCUUAGCACCACCAAGCGCCGUAUUCCGUACACCAAUGUACGGACCCUCUCCAACUGGGUUCACCAGCCCGUUGGGAAGGUCGCCGAGGGCGAGUGGCGGGUCUAUCAGGAAGUCCCAGAGGACUACGUCAAUGGCUACGCCUACGCCAUCGCCACCGGCUCCGCCACCAUCAUGUCGCUUUUCCAGCAGCGCUGUCUCACCGAGGCGGCGGCGGCGGCGGCGCGGAGGACCAGCAGACCGGCUCUCCAUGGCCUCCAGGAGCAGCGGAGGUUGCUGCUGCUGCUGCGGGGAGGAGGAGAUGGAGACCUCGAUCAGAGUGGGGAGGGGGUGGGUGGGGUUGAGGAGGUGGCGGGCGGGCGGCAGCAACAGCCUCUAGGGCUGCGGCUGGGGGGCUUGGAGGACAAAAUAUCCAACCAAGACCGAAACACCAAGGACAUCAUAUUAAGUAUAAUUGGCAACAACGUAUGUAACGCGGCCCAACACGACCCAAAAUAA